GUUAUCAACUUGUACAAAGCAUGCAAGCAUGUUGAGAUUAGAAAAAAUAGGUUAUGUUUUUGCCUCUAGUGUUUUUUUACCAAACACCAUUUUUACUCAUCUUCAAGUAUUUUGUCCAGAAAUAAUUAUUGUAUUUGCAUAUAAUAUUAACAAAAUUAAUAGAUCAAUUUCAAAGUAAGAGUGUAUUGUACGGUAAAGGAAAAAUGACAAUAGAUUUGCAAAACUUUGUCUAUUAAAGUAUCACAUUCUAGUUGAUAAAAUGAAGUUAUCAAUAAGUAAAGAUGAUCAGAGCUCCUGUUCACUCACUGAGGUCUUUCUACAAGCAAGCACUAACUUAUCGAGCCAUGGCAGAUUUAUUGAAUAAGGAAACAUUUGCCUCAAGACCUCUCCGAGUGUCAAUUGAAGGAAAUGUUGGUUGCGGUAAAUCAACACUGAUCAAGUACUUCAAGAAUUUUGACGAAAUCGAUGCUAAAUCUGAGCCAUUAGAUGAAUGGAGAAAUGUGCAAGGUCACAAUCUCCUGCAUCUUCUGUACGCCGACCAGAAGAGAUGGAAUUUCACGUUUCAACUGUACGUUCAACUCAGCCGACUCAACCUGCAAACUACUCAAUCUGACAAGAAGAUUCAACUCUUUGAACGAUCACUUCAAAACAGCAGACACUGUUUUGUUGUAUAAGACCAGCCACUAACAUAACGUUCCACC